AUGUCGGAGGAGAACAUCAGCUUGUAUGACUUGUUAAACUUAUCCAUCGGGACACCUCAGCUGGGAGCUGUCAACUUCGGCGCCCUCCACGCCCUGCUCCAUGCCGUGCUGAUGCAGCUGGGGAUCCGGGAGAAGAAGAUCCGGUGGAGGAGCUCUCACCCCGGCGACACGCACACGGACGCUCUGGACCGGCACACGGCGGGGGAACGGCUCCAGGUUGAGGGGGGCAUAGAGCAGGACGUUCAGCCCGCCACCGAGCUGCAGGAGCGGAUAGUCUCCACCUCAAGUCCGCCCCCCUCCUCCGGCACCGCGGCGGACGGACAGGCAAAGCUCCUGUCCCGCAUCCAGACCUGCGAGGACGGCGUGUCCAAGGCCAUGAGGCUCAUACAGGAGCUCCACAUCCAGAAAGACAAUCUGAAGGAUGAGAUGAAGGAGCUUCACCACCAGCAGAAGAGGGUUGGUGCUGAUGCAGAGCCAGUCACUGCAGUGGAGACGUGCUGCCACCGUGUGGACGUCCUGGAGGAAACUGUGAAGUCGCUGAGAGACACAUUGGAGAAGUAUCCGGACCCAGAGGAGCUGAAUCGGUGUGUGACCUGGGACGUGCUGCAGUCAGCUCUGCUCAGCGAGAGAGAAAACCUUCAGAAGGAGCUUGUAAAUUCAGGGGUUGUUGAUCCAGCCACAGUGAUCAGACCCUCACACUCACCUUUCAGCAGCAACGUCACUGCUGUAAACACAUCCUCACCCCCACACGACCAUACUGUCAGGACCGCUGCUCCUUGCUCUCCAGAGAGUUCUGGGCAGACUUUGAGUCUCCAGGAAUCCACGGGCACCCAGCCAGCCACAGAGACCUCUUCGGUCCUGUCAGGGCCGCCUCAGCAGACCCAUCCUAAAGCAGGCCCUGUAGCUGCUGGUGUGUCCCUGUUUCGAAAGGCCAACGGCUCGGAGCGCUACCCAGAGACGGUGGAGGCUCUGAGGAACAUCAGCAAACUGAAGGAAAAGUUCAACAAGCUGGAGGCUCGUGUGGCGGCGCUGGAGGAAGGAAAGGUGGACCAGACUCAGCUGGCUCAGCUCAGAGAACUCAUCACUGACAAGGGUUCUCAGGAUGUGUCUAAUAACCUGAUGGAUCAGCUCAAGCAGCAGAGAGCUUUAAUAGACAGCCUGAGGAGUGACCGUGAAAAGAACACGGAGCUGGUGAACCAUGUGCAGGAGUCGAUUCUGCAGCUUCGGGCAGAGUGUGAAAACCUGCAUGAAACAACCAGGUGUCUGAGCGAGGACAGCAGACAGAAACAGAGCCACAUAGAGGAGCUGUACAAGACGACGGAGGAGCUGGAGGAGAAGAAGGCUGACAAGCAGUUGGUUGAGAGUGAAAUCAAAGCAGAUAAGUCUGCUUUGGACAGCAAAGUGAGCCGUCUGCAGUUUGACUCUGCGACAGAGCAGCUCAGCGCCAUGUUCCACGAGCUGCUGAACAAAGUGACGGGCCAGGAGCAGGACUGGCACAACGUCAUCAAGAAACUGUCCACUGAGAUGGAGUGUAAGCUGAACAGGAUUGAGUUAGACUCUGUGAAGAAGCAGCUGGAGGACUGCUGGAAGAAUAUUCAUGAGAAGCUGCAGGCUCAGGGGCCUCCAGAGCACGAGGAUGCUGCUGGGAUCAGAAAACAACUCGUGGACAGGUUUCACUGCCUCUCCUGUGACCGGCCUGUGGUCAAACACACCCCUGGACCACAUUUGGUGACGCUGCCGUCCACUCCUGGAUUCCCCUCGCACAAGUCCAUCAGGCCGUUCACCGUCUACGCGCUGGAGCAGUUUCGACAGCACUACAGGAGUGAGCGCAUCGCCGAGCUGACGGAUUACAGUCACCUGGCCGUGUCACGGAGCUGCGGGGGGAGCCACACGGUCACCUCACCCAGCCAACGACGCAUCGGCCUGCAGUACAUGAAGUACCACCCACAGCCUGAGGGGGACGCUGUGAUUCAGUCAGAGGAGGUCGGGAUCGUCGGACUGGACGGGCAUAUUUACAGAGGCCGCCUGAACCCAUCCCUCAGACAUCCUGAAACUAAACUACCUACAAUCUCUGCCAAAGACGGUAUGUGCAAGAUUAAAGACAAAGCCAGAUGUUCCCCGUCACACAAACCUGCUGCUUCUCUGGAGGUGGGACACAGCGCUCCGGUUCAUCAGCCUCACGGUGCCAAGAGUGCCCAGUGCAGCCGCUCAGCCUCCAGCAGCUCGAGUCGGGACUGGCCGGUGUCGGCUCUGGGCUGCACGUCUCAGAGCUCCAUCACUCCUCCUUCAGCUGCCGCAGAGAGACCCUCAGAGGCUCAGGACGCCCAGCAGGCCGACCUGUAGGAGGCGACAGAGAGCUCUGUACUGUUUCUGAUAUGUAAUGAACUUCUGCAGGGAGAAGGUCGCCUGCUGGAGGUAACGGCUUUACUUUAAUGCUUCUUAUUGACAUGUUAUUGCAACGUCCCAUAAAUCAGUUGUCAAACGCUUGAGUCCAGGACUGAGAAAUUUAAUUUUUUAUAUUUUUUACUCAAGUUCUGUGAUUAGGCAUUUUGAAUGUUGUUAUUAUUAUUAUUAUAAACUUUAGUGUAAAUUUAGUCAUUACCUUUUGCACCAGAGGAUUUUUCCAGUUGAUACACAACAGUGUUGAGACAGAAAACAUGAAACCACUUUGUAUUAAAACAUGCGUCAUUAAGGGUUUACACAUAACUAAUGACUGUAUGAAAGGAUGAGUGGCAUUAUUCUGUAUCACAUGACAGGAUCCAAACAAACCAACAAUAUUAGCCAGAGUAUCAAAAAAAACGUCUUCAGUUUAAUUUACAAAGGUCUAAAAUAUUUCUUCUUUUAAUGUUAAUUAUAAAAACUGUCCAGUGUAAAAUUCAUACGUGAACGUUCAUCCAUCUAUGUCCUCUGCUUAAUCAGUGAUAAAUAGGGGAACUUAAAGUUUACUAAAGGUACAACACUGCAGUGGAGAUCACGUUUAACAGAGUAGAACACAGUGGAAAUACGAAGCACAGAACAAGGACUUCAGAACUUGAGUAAAUGUACUUAGUUACUUUCCACCACUGAUCUUUUCCCCUUCAUCAAAGAUUAGAGAAAAAGAGUAAAUGUACCUUUACUACUAUCCACAGUUCAGAUGGUGAACUACAGCAGAUACAUGGAUCUAUAAAGCAUGAAGAUGUUGUGGGUUCCUGUGGGUUCCUUACACACACGUAGAACUGUAGAACUGUGAGCUGCUCCUGUCAGCACCAAACCUCGUGUUGUUCCCUGUAACUGUCAGCACAGUGUGGCAGGAGGCCAGUAAACCUGGAUGUUGCAUCAUGAGGGGAAACACCUGAACACAAGCAUCAGAGGUGAACAUCCUGUUCACAGAAACCUGACGCUGAGCGCAGGAAGGACGAGUCAGUGAGUAAAGAAGAAAGCCGGGUGUCACAGAGGAGGGAGGGAGGGAGGGAUGAACUCAGUUCGGAGUGUGGUCACAACUCGCUCUCAAUCGUUUCCUGUCGUUGAAGAAUUUGGUUUUAUGUCGAGUGACUUUAUACGUCUGUGGUUGAUGUUUGCACACUUCAUUAUUCUAAUUCUAUUUUUAUUUGAUUUUGAAGAUGUUGGACUGAAGUAUGAAUAUUUUCAGUGGUGGGAAGAAAAUAUACAUUUACUGAAGAACACUUUACUGCAGAAUCUCUAUUUUAUAUUUAUGAAUAAAACACAGCGUUAA